AUGCGGUUGUUGGAUGUAAGAGCGGUCAUCCCUCGCGAAGAGAAUAUUCAGCAAGCUGGAUCCAAGACCAAGGUUUUGGAGGAACUAGAUGAAAAGACUACGGAAUAUGCGAUACUGUCGCACCGCUGGGGAAAAGAGGUUGAUUACGAUGAGAUGACUGGACUCAUGAAGAUGGACGAACAAGACAGGAACGAGGUCAGGCAACGCGACGGUUACCGGAAGAUCAUCAAGAGUUGCGAACAGGCCAUGACGGACGGCUACACAUGGUUGUGGAUUGACACAUGUUGCAUUGACAAACGAAGCAGUGUGGAACUCUCAGAGGCAAUCGGGACUAUGUAUCGAUGGUACCGCAGCUCGCAGCUGUGCUAUGUGUACCUCAACGAUGUCGACGAAUUAGCCUUUCCUACUGAACCAGACUUCGACAGGUUUGGGAGAUCCAAUGGUUGGCCGGAGUGGUUCUCGCGAGGCUGGACACUCCAGGAACUCAUCGCUCCUACUGAAGUCGAAUUCUUUAACAAGGACUGGGUGUCUAUCGGCACUAAACGGGACCUGACAUACACAAUAUCGAGGAUAACGGGAAUUUCAUCCUCUGUUUUGCGGUGGGGUCUCCCACGGUCAGGACCCAAACCCAACAUCGCUCAAAUUCUGUCUUGGGCCGCUGACUGCAAAACAACGCGAGUGGAGGACCGAGCAUAUUCACUGUUGGGAUUAUUUGACGUGAAUAUGCCGAUUCUGUACGGGGAAGGCUCGAAAGCAUUUCGGCGGUUGCAGUUCGAAAUCAUCCGGGCAUCCAGCGAUCAUACUAUAUUUGCAUGGAAUCCAAAGGGAUGCCUUGUGAGUGGCGGCAGUGUCCUUGCAGAUGACCCAAGCUACUUUCGGGGCUGUCAUGACAUGAAAGAACUGGGACGCGAAGAUGUGGACCCUCCACCUUUCAGAUUCAACAUCACCAAUCUGGGCAUCCAGGUGUCGUUGCCUGUCCUGUCCGAUGGCGACGACUGUUGUUUCAAGGCUGUACUGCCAUGUCUUGACAGUUAUGGAAACCUGGUCACCAUUGACCUCUGCUACAAUCGACUUUGCUUUUCCAGGCGGCGGCCCUCUACAUCGAUUAUGAACACGAUCUAA